AUGUGCACCCCCACUGUGGUCGUGGAUGUCAAGGAGUCCGAUGCUUUAAUGCAGGAGGAGAUUUUUGGCCCCAUCCUCCCUAUUCUCACCAUCAAGUCUCUCGAUGAAGGAAUCAAUUUCACCAACGAGCGAGAAAAGCCUCUGGCACUCUACGCCUUCUCUGAUGAGUCUCAGGUUGUAACUACAGUGCUUGAGAGGACCAGCAGUGGAGGCUUCUGUUCCAAUGAUGGAAUAGUUCACAUGAGCCUCUCUGGAUUACCCUUCGGAGGAGUUGGCGCAAGUGGGAUGGGCAACUACCACGGUCGCUGGGGCUUUGAGACGUUCAGUCACAAGCGUGGCUGCAUGAUGAGGAGCUGGCUGCUGGAGCGCGUCAAUGUGCUGCGCUACCCCCCCUAUAAUGAAAGCAAUCUCAGCUGGCUGCGCUGGGCCACCACCGCCAAGAAGAAGGGGUGGGCAGGAUGUUCUGUUAUGUGAGCACUGAGUCUGACGCUCACAUUGAGGAUGGCCAUUUUUUUCGAUUUUGUCAAUGAAGCAGAUUGUAACAUGGAACAAAAAAAUUUGGCUUGGCGUUCACCAAGGUUUUGCAGAGAGUUUGGUCAGAAACACAAACCUCAUCUGUGGAUUUUCAAUUGUGAGGUCUUUCAAAACACCACCAGAGGUCAGCAUUGAGAAGUUGCUUAUUCUGGAUGCUUCUAUUGUGAGAGAAAAGAGGCCAUUUACUAGGAAAAGAAUGAGUUUAUUUUACCAUUGUUCAAAUACACUACUCAACUCUUUAUGUGCUAAUUCGCAUCUGUUAUUAUCGAACACUAAAUUGAAAAGCAUUAGUUUACUUAGUAAGGUAAUGUAGCAUCUUUACUGUUACAUAUCUUGCUAUAUAGCUCAUUAUAGUUUAGAGUUUUCUAUUUAGUGAAAAUAUCAAGUAGCAUUUCUAGUUUAUGAGUUGCAUACUUGUCAUUUUCAUCUUCAAAGUUGAGUACAAAAAUAAAGUCUAACAUG